CCGAAAAGAAGGCCCGAAAAGAAGACCCGGCCCGAAAAGAAGAGCCCAGCCCCCCUAGAGCCCGAAAAGAAGACCUGGGCAUCCCUCUUUCAUUCCGAGAAGAUGACCCUGACUGUCCCUGUAGAGCCUGAGAAGACCUGGGCAGCCCGCCAACAGCCCGAAAAGAAGACCUGGGCAGCCCGCCAACAGCCUGAGAAGAAGACCUGGGCAGCCCGCCAACAGUCCGUGAGGGAGUCCUGGGGAGCCCCCCUAGAGCCCGAAAAGAAGACCUGGGCAGCCCGCCAACAGCCCGAAAAGAAGACCUGGGCAGCCCGCCAACAGCCCGAAAAGAAGACCUGGGCAGCCCGCCAACAGCCCGAAAAGAAGACCUGGGCAGCCCGCCAACAGCCCGAAAAGAAUACCCGCCCAGCCCCCCUAGAGCCCGAAAAGACCCGCCCAGCCCCCCUAGAGCCCGAGAAGACCCGCCCAGCCCCCCUAGAGCCCGGGAAGAAGACCCAGGCAGUCGCCCAGGAACAGCGUGAGGAUAUGACGACGAUACCCGUUCCCGUCGAGCCCGCCCGGCUUGGCUAGGCCAUUGGCAGGGGUGGAUUCCGAGUCAAUCACGUCGCCAAAAGGCACCGGGUAUGGGUCAUACUCCCUGAGCGCAACCAGCCCGAGGCAAAGAUCUUGGUGACUGGCCCCAAGGAGAAAGCCAUGGCCGCCGUCGUCGAGCUACAGCUCAUGGCCAACUUGAAACUGAGCCCAAAUCACGUCCUCGUGGCUUUAAACAUUAAGCCUGAGGAGCGCAUUUUGGUGCUUGGCCCCGAGGACAGCAAGGCCGCCUGGCUCGAGCGGGAAUUCGCCGUCAGAUUCAUGAAGCCCGCCAACAACGGGCCCGUGGCGCUCGCGGGCGACAUCGAGGCCGUGGCCAGGGCUGAGGCCCACGUCCACGACAUGCUCGCCAAGCGGCGCCUUGACAAACCCCACCGAUUCUGAUGAAGCGGUCCACGCACAAAGGAAGGAGAGGCGCCUGCGGGAGGGGAGGCGCUCAACGCAGGCAGGACCAAAACCCGUAGUUGGUUAAUUAUAUUACGGGCGCCGGUAACUCGUUUGAAUCGUAGAUUGGUCUCUAGUCGGGCGUGGAAGGCGGUAAGAUUAAGAUUUACUCCAGAGUAUUUUGUAGUGUUAUUUUAGUUUGAAAAUAGCAAUAGGAUGGUGUUAUUUACAUGACUGUUGUGUAUGCAAUGAAAAGAAUCACUUUUUUACCCGACCAUGAUCCAUGGAGUGAUGAAAAAUUGUUGAAGACUGCGAGGGUGCGUCGCGGUCUUCAACAAUUUUUCAUCGUCUGCCGCGCAGACGAUGCCAUCAUGAUCAUCACUAUUACCAUUGCCACCAUUGA